AUGAAUAUUGAAACAACAAAGACAGCAACAACACAACUGUUGAAUGAAUAUUACCAAAUCAGCACUCAAGCCAUACCAACACAGAGAGUCAAGUCUGAAUGGCAGGAUGACAACAAACGAGGUUUGUUUUUGGGAAUCAUCCAAGAGGGAGAAACCUCACACAUCACUCGACUGCACAACCUGCUGACUACCAACCAAUUUGCAGAGCAGCAAGAGUUCUCAACCAAGGUCCAGUUGGCAGACCCAAAACAUCCUCGUACAUUCAUUGAUGACAUGUUUGGGUAUUACAUACUGCCAUUCCACAAAGACUACAACGAUUCAUCCAGCUGUCACACUCCAGUUUCAUCAAACCCAACAUCAAGAACCAACUCUGCUGAUGAUCUGGACUAUGUUGCAAAAGUGAGUGAGCUACAGCACAAGGACUUUAACAAGUGCCAUGACCAAUUUGGUAAACUAAAGCAAUAUGUGGAUGUAGUGGAUGACAAACUGGUGAUCAAAGUGAUCAAUGAUCUGACAAGUGACAAGCACAAGAAGUGGAUUGAGACAAUUGAAGAUUUGAAAGUUAUCCGCAGAACAAGGCAAAAGAGAUAA